AUGAAUGGAAAAGCGGGCACAGCGCUGCUGCUGCUGCCCGUAAUAUCAAUUCUGCACUUUGUGAAAACACUGCCAAAGAAAGAAACAUUCGUAAUCGGUACAAGAAAUCCAGCGAGAGAUAUCAGCUUUGAAGAAGAAGGCCAUGGACGACUCGAAAUGGUAAUGGACGAUGAAGCAAUAAAAGCAUCAAAGGCAGCCAAUCCGUGCCAAACUGUUAGAGAACGUGCUAUACCUCAAUUUGUCCCGAUCGCACGCAAGGGUUGCCUAGUGGUUUCUCGCGAGGGACCCGAGGAACAUCACUACCACUUUUUGGAGGACUUAUUGAAAAGGUCUGAUCAACGGGUCGGCCGUAUUUCUGCGGUGCGUUUGACGUCGCGUGGUAUCCAGCCGCUUGCAGCUCUGGUCCUGUGA